CCUCGCCGUCUCGUUCGCUACCUGACCACUGCGCUGCGACCCCGCUGGAGUUGCCGCCUGCCACUGCUGAUGAGAACCCUUCUCGACGCGAUCCACUGGAAGACUGGAGAGAGCUCGCUGGUGCUGCUGGUGACUUGUUCCGUGAGCCUUAUGACGUGGGCCCGAUCCUUCUCAACCUCGUCAAGGAGUUCCCUGGUUCGUUCGGUCGCUACGUCCGCGACUCCCUCAAACCUCAGCUGCGCGAGCAUAUGGCCACCAUGGGAGGUCGGCUGCAACGUGAGUUGCUGCCGUUAACGUACCCCACCAUCGUGAAGACCGACGUCGCGCGCGACGGCGAUGACCUUAGCGACUUGAAUUGGGGGGCGCUCCACUGCAGGCUGGUUGUCACGGUGCUGGCGCUCAACUGGGAGGCAGGCUUCCGCUCGCUGAAGUUCGCGCGCCAUUGCCGCAGGCGCCCGAACGCUGCUCAGCGGGCAGCCUUGGCGGCCCUGGGCCGCCGCCUGUACCUGGCGACGCGCAUCGAGACCAGCCUGCCUGCGGAGCUCAACUGGGAGGACCGCCUGAAGGACCGCAAGAUCGGCUACGGCGGCGCCGAGAUCACCGCGCCUCACAAGCUGACCUUGGAGCAGGUGCUGGACGGCUUGCCGCCGCCUGGUUUUGCGGCCUCGAUUGAGGCUGCCGAUGUCGCGACGGGCUUCGUGCGCGACGCGUUGCUGGAUCCUGGGCUGGUGCUGCUGCCGCCUGCGCUGCGGCGUGCGGCGCCGACUUCGGCGCGGGUUUGGGCCUCGGAAGGCGAGUGGCAUCGCGUCGUUGAGGCCCUGCAUGAGCGCGGGAUGGUCGGCCCGAUCUCCGCGCCUGACAUCGCGCGCCGGGAUGAGUCGCCGCUGCUGAACGGAGCAUUUGGGGUUCCGAAGGCCCACGACGCCCCUGUCAAGUGCCGGGGCGGGGUGCUGAGGCCCGUGCUCAGGCUCAUCACCAAUCUGAUCCCGUCGAACGCCUGCCAAGAGUGCAUCGUUGGCGACGCGCCCGAGAUGCCGACGAUGAGCCAGCUGAACGGCCUGGUCUUGACGGAGUCCGAGGACUUGUUGUGGAGCGGCGCCGACAGGAAGGCCUUCUUCUACGUCUUCCGCGCGCCGCCGCCGUGGUGGCCGUACAUGGUGAUCGGGCCGCCAGUGCCGUCGCGCCUACUGGGUCUCAAGGACGGCGGCGCUACCCACAUCUGCCUGCGCGUGAUCGGCAUGGGCUGGAUCAGCGCGGCGGGGGUCACGACUCAUCUUCAUCGCAACAUGCUGCGUCGCAGCGGCGCGGUGCCUCGCGGCCUGAGCCCCAGCUGCGAGAUUACCCGGCGCCGCCGCCUGCCGCUUGGUGCAGAGAAGCCCUGCCCGCCUGCUUGGAUGGUGUACAUCGACAACUUAGAGAUCGCCGAGAUCGUCGACAAAUCUGAGGCCGACAAGUUACGCGGGACGGUCCCCGAGCUGCUGACUGACGCUCGGGCCUGCUACGAGGCCGCAGGGUCGCCUGGCUCCCCGGGCAAGGACCUGCACCGCGUGGUGCGCGCAACCACUCUGGGCGAGCUUGUUGAUGGUGUUGAAGGCCGCUUCAGCGUGAGAGUGAUCGAGGACUUGCUGAUGUGCCUGGCCCUGUCGGGGCUCUGCGUGGCUGACAUGAGGCUCGAGGUCGACCACCUGGUGACGGAGGAGACCGCCCUGAUCACCGUCUUUGAUGGCAUCGGCGGCGGGCGCAGAGCCUUCGAGAUACUGGGCCUGGUACCAGCGGUGCACCUGUCGUUCGAGGUGGGCCCGCAGGCGGUUCGCGUCGCGCGGCGCGCUUAUCCUGGCACGCAGCAACUCGGAGAUGUUACAUCUGCUGUCCCCGCUGCCCUGGCUGGCCUGCUGCGGGCCCGCGGCCGCAUCGCCCGCGCGGUGGUCAUCGGCGGCUUCCCGUGCCAGAUCUACACGAGCUUGAACGUCGACCGCAAGGGCUCGUCGGACUCGCGCGCCUCGCUGGUCGAUCACAUGGUGAGGGUCAUCCGAGGCCUGCGCGCAGCCAUGCCCGAGGUGAGCGUUGACUUCCUUGGCGAGAGUGUAGCAUCAAUGGCAGAGUCCGACGUCCUUCACCUCAGCGGGUUGUUCGAGCGGAUCCCCUUGGAGGUUGAGGCUGGUGACGUCGGCUGGGUGAGGCGUCCUCGUCUCUACUGGCCGUCCUGGGACUUGCUGCCGUCGUACGAGGCCAAGACCGUGAUGGUGCUGACCAAGGACGGCGCCUCUCGCCGCCUGUGCCGCGUGUCGCUGGAGGUGGAGCGCCCGCCGCUGGAGGAGUGGCUGCCGGCUGGCGCGCGCUGCCCUGGAGCGGAGGGUGGCGAGCCCCUCCCAACGUUCGUUCGCUGGACACCGCGCUCGCAGCCGCGCCCCAGGCCCGCGGGCAACGGGGAGUGCACGGCUGCUGAGCUGACGCGCUGGGAGGAGGCGGCCUUUGCGGCGCCGCCCUACCAGUUCCGUGACAAGUGGUGCAUUCACUGGCCUGACGGACGGAUCGCGCCUCCUGAUUCGGUGAUGAGGGAGAAGCUGAUGGGCUUCGCCGAAGGCCACAUCGUGCCCUGCAUGACCAGCAGUGAGGCGAAGGCCGAGCCCGGCAAGUACGAGGGUUCGAGGCGUUCGCUGGUCGGCAACUCGUUCCAGUGGUGGCGUGGCUGCUGGCGCACUGGGCUGUCGCUGCUGGGCUGCUGGUG